GUGGAAACAUAGGAAAAUACAUAGUAUUCUGCUUUAAAAAUAAAAUGCGAUUAACUAAAUCAGGGGCUAAUCAAGUUCUUUUUGUCAAAAUAUUAUUUCCAGCAUCAGAAAACAAUCAUUCACUAGGAACUGACAUAGCAGGGAUUGAAAGUUAUUUACAUGUUAGUUGUGACAAAAUGGAAUAA